UAAAGCCUGUUUUCUCCAACCCUUCGUGGUCUUGUCUUCUGAUGUAAGUAUUGUGGUUUUUCCACAACAAUUAUCUGGCGACCGCGGCAGGACGGCAAGGAGUCUUGGGGCUCUCUGGAGGGCACACCCUGGUGCCAGGGGCCUGUAGUGUUAGGGGGAACAUCCCAGGCGCCAUCGGACCUUUUAUUCCGAGGGACUUGCCUGUGACACAGGGCUCCAGCAUCGGCAGUCGGCCACUCCAAGAACCACAGGUGAAGGGUAAGGAGACAAGGCAACUUUCCAGCCAGCUAGAGGACAAAGGAUUCGCCUGCAGGCAAGUAUUGAAAGGGAAAUAAGGAAUCCCUCCCUGUAAACAGGGACGGAGGAGAGGACUGAUCAUCCUCUCUUUGGAAUAAGGUGGGAGGAUUGUUGUGUGUGUUUGCAGUGAGUAAGUGGCGCUCGAAAUUCCCAUCGGUGACCGUCGAGUUUCCGGCUCCCUGGGUCUAGCGCAUAUAAGCGAAACCCUCAGUGUCAUCCCAAGUGGAAGGACCCCUUACAUUCCUCUCAUCCCUUUUCCUCAUUUGUCUUGUCUGGUGCCCUGGGAGGCUCAUUGGGUGGUGGUGAAAGUGUACUCUUUACUCUGUUGGGGUGAAUGUCAAAGCAUUUUAAGUCUGCCUAUGGGGCUCAGGAUUAUGGUAUUAAGUGGAGCAGGCAUAAGUUGAGGAUCUUCAGUGAGGUAGAUUGGCCCAGCUUUAAUAUAGGCUGGCCAAGCACAGACAUUAGAUCCAUCCAUUGCUCUAAAAGUACAUCAGCUAGUGUUCCAUCCCACGUUAGGGCACCCAGACCAGGCACCCUAUAUUGAUGUGUGGCUCGGCUUGUUGCAAAGACCUCCACCAUGGAUCCAGAAAUGCAAAACUGUCCCCUAUGUUAAAAAGUUUAGAAAAUAGAAAAAGCUGGGGACAAGCCAUAAUCCAACCAGAUGUCCAGGAUCAAGGGACCCAAGCUGGACCUUCAGCAAGAGGUGCUGAGGGGGUCCAAGGCAGAAGAGGAAUGGACGGGACUGCAAACAGAAGACAGAGAAGUGGGAGGACUGAUAGCUGAACAAACGAGGGCAAAGACUGAGGAAGCGUCUUUGAAUGCUCCCCUUAGACAAGUAGAUCAAUUGGUUGUCAGUAAGGAAGAUCCAGCAGAAACAGCCACAGCUCCUCUAUUCCAACAUAUGUCUUUUACUACAUCAGACCUUCUUAACUGGAAAAUUUCAUUAUGGCCCAUUUAGUGAAAAACCAAAUGAAGUAGCAGACCUGGUGAAGACUAUUGUCGAUACCCACAACCCCACCUGGAUGGAUCUACAGCAACUUAUGGGGACCUUGUUUAAUCCAGAAGAAAGGGAAAAGAUUAGGAUGGAAGUGGCCCAAAAGACUUUUGUGAAUAGAGAGAAGGAGGAGGAAAAGAAAAGGGAUCAGAAAAUGCAAAGGAAAGCUGAAUUGCUUGCAGUUGCUAUGAUGGGGGUGUCAAGGGGAGGUGGCAGAGAUAGAGGACGGGGAAUGGUGUUAGGACAAAACCAGUGUGCCAUAUGUAAGAAGGAAGGACACUGGAAGGGUGAAUGUCCAGAAAGAGAAAAGGAUGAAGAAAAAGGAGGGGGAAGAGGCAGGUUUGCGAAGAACUACAGAGGUGGCCCAGGGAGAAGCCAGGGAGGGAGAGAAAGAAGAAGAGGAUUUUCAAGAACUCCCCUCAUAGACCUGGCAGAAGCAGAGGAGUGGGACUGAGACCGACUGGGUUCAGCCCGCCUCCCAGAACCUGUGGUCAGUUUAACAGUAGGAGGCAAACCUAUUCCCUUCCUUGUGGAUACUGGAGCCACCCAAUUAGUCCUAACCCAACCCCUAAGCCAAGCCUCCCCUCACUCUAUCAACAUACAAGGAGCAACAGGAAAAAUAUUGCAGCGACCCUUUUUGGAGCCCUUAAGUUGCACUAUGGGAGGAAAAAUUAUAACCCAUCAGUUUGUAUAUAUGCCAAUUCCUCUAUUGGGAAGGGAUCUGCUUUGUAAACUAAGGGCGCAUAUCUCCUUUGAAGAGGAUGGCACAAUGGCCAUAAAAUAUGGAAAGGUGAUGAUGGAAGUACCCCGUGCAGAGGAAUGGAGAAUGGUGAUGCUGGCACAAAUGAUAGAGAAAAAUGCCAGAUGGGAAGAAUUUGAUGUACCAUAUUUGUGGGCAGAGGACAACCCCCCCGGUUUUGCAAAGCAUCAUCCACUAUCUGCCAGCUGCUGUACCGAAGGAUAGGAAAGAGUUAAGAGGAUUUUUAGUUGCUGCUGGCUUCUGCCGAAUAUGGAUCCCUACCUUUAGUUUAAUAGCAAAAUCCCUAUAUGAGGCCAAAAGGGGGGAGAUAAAGAACCAUUGCGAUAGGAACAGCGUUGUUAACACAGGAAGCUAAUAAAUUGACUUUUGGGCAGAAAUUAGAUAUCCACACACCACACACCCUUAAAGCUGUUUUGGAAGCAAAAGGACAUUUGUGGCUGACCAACCCACGCAUGCUAAAGUAUCAAGCCCUAAUAAUACAUAAUCCAAUGGUUAUAUUAAUUCAAUCAAACUCACUGAAUCCAGCCACGCUGCUGCCUGAACCAGACUUGGAAACCACACAUAGUUGCAUACAAGCUAUUGAAGAAACUUAACGCUAGCCGCCCAGACAUGAGAGAUGUCCCCCUGCUUGAUCCAGACUUUACAAUAUACACGGGUGGAACUAGUUUUAUGCAAGAAGACAUUUGAAAGGCAGGAUGUGCUGUGGUGACUUUGGAGGAAGUAUGGGAAGCUGAGCCACUUCCGCCCGGUACAAAUGCUCAGCUAGCUGACCUGCAUGCAUUAACUAGAGCUUUGGAGUUGGCAAAAGGAAAGUGCAUUAAUAUUUACACAGACUCCUAAGUAUGCAUUCCUAACAGUGCAAAUCCAUGGAGCCUUAUAUAAAGAAAGGGGACUUAUAACUUCAGGGGGAAAGGAUGUUAAGUAUGGACCACAGAUACUGCGUCUGCUGAAUAGUGUGUGGGAGCCUAAGGAAGUAGCUGUAAUGCAUUGCAAAGGCCAUCAGAAGGGAGCAUCAGAUAUUCAAUUAGGAAAUAAUAAGGCAGACCGGGAAGCUCGUAUGGCUACACAAAAGGCACCUUCUGAGCAUACAAAUUGUCUAGCUUUGUGGACCCCUGAGGAACAGGAGCAGGGUAAACCAUGCAGAGGAAUGGAGAAUGGUGAUGCUGGCACAAAUGAUAGAGAAAAAUGCCAGAUGGGAAGAAUUUGAUGUACCAUAUUUGUGGGCAGAGGACAACCCCACUGGUUUUGCAAAGCAUCAUCCACUAUCUGCCAGCUGCUGUACCGAAGAAUAGGAAAGAGUUAAGAGGAUUUUUAGUUGCUGCUGGCUUCUGCCGAAUAUGGAUCCCUACCUUUAGUUUAAUAGCAAAAUCCCUAUAUGAGGCCACAAAGGAGGGAGAUAAAGAAUAACUGCUUCACCACUCUCAAGGAGGCUCUAAUGUGCGCCCCUUGUUUAGGUCUACCAGACUUGGAAAAGUUAUUUCAACUGUUUGUAGAUACAAAGCAAAAUGUGGCAGUAGGGGUUCUCACCCAGAAAAUAGGAACCUGGCAUCGCCCGGUCGCUUAUCUAUCAAGACAGCUUGACGAUGUAGCUAAGGGUUGGCCAGCUUGCCUUAAAGCAAUUGCUGGAACAGCGUUGUUAACACAGGAAGCUAAUAAAUUGACUUUUGGACAAAAGUCAGAUAUCUACACACCCCAUGCUCUUAAAGCUGUUUUGGAAGCAAAAAGGACAUUUGUGGCUGACCAACCCAUGCAUGCUAAAGUAUCAAGCCCUAAUAAUACAUAAUCCAAUGGUUACAUUAAUUCAAUCAAACUCACUGAAUCCAGCCACGCUGCUGCCUGAACCAGACUUGGAAACCACACAUAGUUGCAUACAAGCCAUCAAGGAAACUUACGCUAGUCGCCCAGACAUGAGAGAUGUCCCCCUGCUUGAUCUAGACUUUACAAUAUACACGGGUGGAACUAGUUUUAUGCAAGAAGACAUUCAAAAGGCAGGAUAUGCUGUGGUGACUUUGGAGGAAGUCUGGGAAGCUGAGCCACUUCCGCCCGGUACAAAUGCUCAGCUAGCUGACCUGCAUGCAUUAACUAGAGCUUUGGAGUUGGCAAAAGGAAAGUGCAUUAAUAUUUACACAGACUCUAAGUAUGCAUUCCUAACAGUGCAAAUCCAUGGAGCCUUAUACAAAGAAAUGGGACUUAUAACUUCAGGGGGAAAGGAUGUUAAGUAUGGACCACAGAUAUUGCGUCUGCUGAAUACUGUGUGGGAGCCUAAAGAAGUAGCUGUAAUGCAUUGCAAAGGGCAUCAAAAGGGAGCAUCAGAUAUUCAAUUAGGAAAUAAUAAGGCAGACUGGGAAGCUCGCAUUGCUGCACAAAAGGCACCUUCUGAGCAUACAAAUUGUCUAGCUUUAUGGACCCCUAAAGAACAAGAGCAGGUGAAACCCAACUACUCUCAGGAAGACUUGAAACAAAUUGAGGUGCUGGAAGCAAGGCAGGAAGAUGGUUGAUGGAUUUUGCCAGACCAGCGAGUCUUUAUCCCAGGAUAUAUAGCAUGGGAUGCAGUGCAACAGGUUCAUAAGCAACUGCACCUGGGAAAGACAGUGCUGGCAAAUGCCCUGAAGAGAGAAGUCUGUAUUGAUAAAAUACACAGUAUUGCAGCAAAUGUUUGUGCUAGAUGUGAGAUCUGUGCAGCCAACAACCCAAGGCAAGGACCCCAGCCCAGAGGAAAUUAUCCCUUCGAUUCCUUGAUGAUUGAUUUCACUGACAUGCCAUGCUCAGGUCCCUAUAAAGCAAUGUUAGUCAUAGUAUGUACAUACACUGGAUGACCGGAUUGCAUCCCUACAAGGAAGAAGAAGAAAAAAAAGCAGCUGAGGUCGCAAAAGCCUUGCUUCAUAUUAUUAUUCCCAGGUAUGGGUUGCCAUCUAGAAUCUCUUUAAAUAAUGGUCCUGAAUUUAUCCAUAGAGCCACCCAAAAGAUAGCAGCUAUGCUAGGAAUAACAUGGAAGCUUGACUGUAGUUUCCAUGCUCAAUCGGGAGGAAGGGUGGAGAGAAUGAAUAAGACCAUUAAGGAAAAAUUGGCAAAAAUAUGUCAGGAAACUCAGCUUAAGUGGCCAGAUGCUUUAAAUAUGGUCCUGGUUGCGGUAAGGUGUGCCCCACAAAGGGGGCUGCUCGUGUCUCCCUUUGAAUUAUUGUAUGGCAGAGUCCCCAACUUACUCAAACCAGGUGACCAGAACUCUGAACAAAUGGCAGAUACUGUUAAAUUAGAACAGCUGCAGGCUCUUAACACUAUAGUCCAGCGGCUACAACGAUAUGUUCUAACCCAAAGACCCCAUGUCUUGGUCACACCCACACAUGACAUACAACCAGGACAGGAGGUCUGGGUAAAGGACUGGAAGAGGGAAGUUUUAAGCCCAAAAUGGAAAGGGCCAUAUACUGUUGUUAUGUGUUCUCUCCUUGCUGUUAAGGUGGCUGAAAUCAAAUCAUGGAUCCAUUGGUCCCGAGUUAAAUUGGCCGCCCCCACCCAGUGGAAAGUGAUUAGUGACCCAACUCAACCCCUUAAACUCACCCUGCAUUGUAGAAGAAGGAGCCUCUCCUCUUCUGGUGACACUCUGGAAGCUGUACCCCUGCGAACGGGAGAGGUGAAGAAAACCCCUGCAGGUGUUACUCUGGAAGCUAACACCCAUCGCACGAGCAACAAAAAUCCCCUGCCCUGGAAGCUGCAAUCGCGUCACUAGUAUUAGGCUUCUCUAAGCAUGGAACCCAGCCAAAGGAUGAGGGAAACUGCUUGUAUUAGAAAGGGGCUCAUGCCAACUAUUUGGGUGAUUAUAGUGUUGCUGAUUAGUAUUGUCAUUAAUUCCCUGUUAGCCAUAGCCCAGGUUAUGGCCCUGUGGGAUGAGGGGGGAGUAUGUAAAACUGAGUGCUCCAGCUGGAGACCCCCCAAUAUAUGAACCUCCCCAAUAAUCUCAAGAUUUAAGUGAGGUUUCAAAGGGGGAAAUGAGGUAGAUGGAAAAUUGCCAUUAAGAGAAAUGAUAAAGUACUUUUGAAUUAUAUUUUAAUUAACAGAGGUGAUGUUUCGUAAGCAUUAACUAAUACUAUAAACUGGCUGAGUGUGAUGA